GUGAUACUUUGACUGAAUAUGCGCAUUUUGAGGGGAUUGAAUUGGAAUGAUUCAAUCCAAUCUCCUAAACAUAACAAAGAGGGGUAGUAAUCUCCCAUCAACAAUCAUCAUCACUGUCCCUGAUUCAAUCUCCUGAUCAUACAAAUCUACUCUUCACAUCCAUGUCUAACAUUUGAUCGCAUCCCUAACAACGAAACACACCUUCAAGAUGAACUUUAGUUCAUACUUUCUCAUCCUUUUCUCCAUUGCGACACUUCUAAUCAGCACAAAUGCAGAAUCAUCACGAAUAGAAUCACUGUCAAAGCGACAUCCAGAAGAUAAAUGCGGUGGAAAACGAAUGUUUUACACACCACUCAUCCGUAGAUCGGAUGAAGAAGAAAUUGCCGUUUGUGAUUCUUCCUGUUCACCAAUCCAAAGUGUAAAAUUAUCAUCAUCAUCUCCGGGUGCACAAAGACGAAUGCAUAAAAAGCAAGCAAGGCGAAGAGCAAUCACAGAAUCAGAGUUUCAACAAUCAACUUCGAUUUGGCAAUCAAAAAUGUCCAAUUUGUAUACGUGUGACGAUACGAAAACAUGGCCAGAAGAGGGCAUACCGGAAAACGUGAAGGAUAACUUCCCUUUCAAUAUGCGGACUUGCUUUUAUGAUCAAGCCGAUACGGACAAAGAAGAAUUCAAAGCACAGAAUACGUUUGAACAGGCCUGCAAAGCUGCAAACGGAGUGUUUACCAGACCGCUGCACCAUUCUUGGUAGACAGCCAUCCAAACCACUCAAUGUACAAUAUCAAUCAUACUACACAUCAGCACUAGAUACCUU